AUGGAUUCCAGUAUCAAAGCCUCCCAUGCACCAUCAGAUUCUAUGGAUUUGCUUUCGCGAGCAUGGUGCGAUACUGCAAUACAAGUCCUGCAACCGGCGGUGCACGACACCUCGACGACGGUUCUUGAAGAUAACCUUAUCAAGAUCUUUGAGAAUGACAUGAAAGCACCAUUACCAACGAUGAACGUCGUUGAUGGAGAUUUGAAGCCUUUACCAAGGUGGAAAUCCGACGAUCUCAAGUCGUGGAUAUGGCUGCAAAAGACGAUCCAUCCAGAGCUAAACUACGAUCGUUGCUUCCGAAAGAAAUGGUCUCUACCUUCACCAUGGAAGUUGAUUCCAUUCAAGGAAAUCUCUAUAAAGAAAUGGAUUGUAGAGAUGAAGAGGAAGCGGAAGGACGAAGAGCGGUUGCAGAGAGCCGAAAUGCAUGCAGCCAUAUCCGUUGCGGGUGUCGCAGCCGCACUGGCGGCGGUGGCUGCAGAGAAUGUGAAAGCCAAUAAAUCAAACUCUACAAAGGAAGCUGCAGUGGCUUCCGCGGCGGCUCUGGUCGCGUCUCAAUGUGUGCAGGCUGCAGAAGACAUGGGUGCGAACCGCAAGGAACUAAGCAAGGUCGUGAGCUCGGCCAUGGCUGCUACGAAUGCAUGUGACAUCUUAACACUUACAGCUGCAGCUGCAACAUCAUUGAGAGGGGCAGCUACACUGAGAGCAAGGCCAGGGAGAAAAGAGAAAGAUGGAUGUGGGCCCAUACUCCCACUUGAAGAGACCAGAGACUUUGACUUUGAUUUUGGGAAGUAUAGGACUUUGCUGGCCACUGGUGCUGAGCUUACCGUUAGAUCAUCAGAUGGUAAGAGCAGGUUACGGUUAGUGUCAGUUAUCCUCAACGGAGAAGCCAAGGUGAUUCUGAAAAUCAGGAACAUCAAUGCACUGAAGGGCUUUGCAAGUACAAAAGAGAGUAUCGUGACCGACAUCCGUGAAGAUCAGACCGUCGAUGCGGAGGCAGCCGGUUCCAUAGUUCUAACCACGAGCCGGGGGACAUCAAUCAAGCUUGAAAUAAAUGAUUAUACACAAUAUAAGAUAUGGUUUGUGACCAUAAAUCACAUGCUAAUGCUCUCCACCACAUUUAGUGGCUAUGAACUUCAUUUUUACAGAAAUUGAAUUGCUUGAUUCUGCUCAACACUCCUCGAUAUGUGCUUUUUUAUUUCUUUUUUAAAUCUGUUUGUAACUGUGUAGACCAAGUUUGUACAUGUGGGCCAUGGUUGGUUGUUCCAAGCCAUUUAUCUGAUGGCCCACAUCAUGGGUGGACUAUCUCUAAAUAUCCAAUUAUUGCAUGCAAAUACAAUGGUUGAGAAGAAACACACCAACAAACCAGAUUUAAUGGAAUGGCCAAAAAAUCAACGGUUAUGAUCUUCCAAUUUUGGAGACUUGAUAGGCAUCGUCCAUCUAUUACCGAGCCAUCAGAUCAGUGGCUUGGACGAACCAACCAUGGGCCAACAUAGAAACUCGGUGAACUCAGCCUCUUUUUUUCUCCAUGUAAGCAUUAAAUGGUUCUACGUGCUGUUUUUAUUAUGAUUUUAUUUUGAGAGAUGAUCGUUGAUAAUAAGAAGCAUUGCAUCAUUUACAGAUUUUUACCCUAUGUUAUAUUUCCACUGUUGAAUGAAUUUUCACUACAUGUGGAGCCCAGUUUGGCAGAUCCACGCCGUUCAUCUUGUGCCCCAUCAUGAACAGUCCAUGCCCAGAAAACUACUUCAGAUUAUUAUAAAUGGGCCCUACAAAUGAACUGGUUUGCCAAUGGUCCGCAUUCAAUAGGAAGCAGAAAAAGAAAAAAGGCAAAAACCACUUUUCUAACCAACUGAUGGUAAAGAAUUCUUAGAUUUGUAUCACAUACAUUAUGGGAGCCAAUGGAUGAAGGGUUCCAAAUCUUUGAAAGGUGGGCCCCACCAUACACCUGCUGGCAAGCAGAAAGGCAGGAAUGCAAAAGCUGUUCGCAUAAAAUAUGAUUUCUAGCGGCUACCAUGUUCCCCUUGAAAUGAGUUUAUGCUAUACCUUUACACUUCAACAAACAAUAAAGGAAACAGACAGACAGAGACAGAGA